GCUGGGCAGGGGGCGGGCGGCCUCUCCUCCCACAUGCGCCUUCCUACCUAGGAUUUUAGGCUGGCAUUCACGUUAAUUAAUAUUCCCUGCUGGAGGCUGGAGACCCAGAAGUGCCAGUUGCAGAAGACACGUGUAGAAGUGCCACUCCCAUACGUGUGGGGGACCGAUUUGGGCAUUGGGGAGGGAGUUGAGACACACACACACACACACACACACACACACACACACACACACACACUGCUCCGCCCAGAGGAGGGAGGUGCUGCUCCCAGCACACACAGGGUACCUCUCCAAGCAAUCCCAGCUGCACUGCCGGAGCCGCCAGGGUUAAGGCGCAGGCGUGGUCCCCCUGGGGUGGGGUGGGGCCCAGCCGGGUGCAGGGCCCUCACCGCCUGCUUGUGCCCUCUGGAUUUGGGUCCCAAGUCGCGCUCCUCUGGCCUCUCCGGUGCCCGCAGUCGUGUCGCCUUUGCCUCCUCCUCCUCUUCCUUGCCCGCUGUGGGGCCGAGAGACCGGCCGCGGGGCACAAGGUCGCCUCCCAGCGGGGGCUCAUCCGGCGGCGCAGACGCCCAGCGGCUCCGGGGAGGGACUUGGCCGGGGCUCUGGGCCUCGGCUCAUCUGGGGAGGAGCCGAGAGGCUGCAGCUGGCGGCGCCGGGCGCGCGGAGGUCCUAGCGCAGUGGCCAGGCCGAGAGCCGCCCGAGAGGGCCCGCCCGCCGCGCCCUCCCGCCUCCCGCCUCCCGCGGGUCUCCGGGCUCUGCCAACCGCGGAGGAGGCGCCCUCUCCUUAGCGGGCCGGGAGCUGCAGAGGCAUCGUGGGGCGCGGCCGAUGGGAGGAGAAAGGAGAGAGGGAGCAGAGCCGGCCCGGGCCCAGCCGUGACUCGCGGGGCUGCGGCUCCGCCAAUCUGCGGGCGCUGACGCGGGGGGCGGCUCCGCGGUGCUCGGAUAUCUGCCCGCCCGGGGCGCGGGGCGCCAAGGCUCGGCCGUGCGGGAGCUGCGCUCCGAUACCGCCGCUGCACCUGCCGGAGACCUCACCGGCUGCUCGGUGCGCCCCCUCCCGCUCCCCGCCCCCUCCCCUUCCUCUGUCCCCGCGGCCCUGAGCCCUCCCCGUCCCCAUCUCCCGGCCGCAGCGUGAAGGAGCAGAGCCCUGCCCGAAAGAGACGCCCCAUCUCCUCCGCUCGCCCGGCGCCUAGCGCGGGCCACGAAGCUCGCGGAAAGGACCGCGCUGUGGAUCGAGUCGCUUCGCCCAGCCGCCACCACCGUCCCCAGCAGGGAUGGGCUGCCGCGUGGGGCCCCUGCGCUCCUGAUGAGCGCGGCCGCAGCCCCAGAGACCCGCGCUGGCCUUUGGGUGCGCGGGGCCUUACCCGGCUGCUCCCCCUGCCUCCUGGCCAGCUGCUCCCUGCGCUCCCAGCUCCGAGGAGGACGCAGGCCAGUGGUCCCGGCAGCUGAGGGCGCGGCCGCCUGGGAGAGACUAAGAGGGAACGGUCCCGACAUGGCUCGGAGAGCCGGCGCUUCGGCGGCAGGAGCCCUGCACGUUGUCUGGGCCCAGGAACAGCCUAGGAGCUGGUAGCUGCCUGGGCGCCGGAUGGACCUUGACCCGCGAGGCAACGCUGCCUUCGUGACCAGCCAAAGCUAGAGGGGCGCGGGUGGAGAGCGCUCCAGGAAGCUGCUGGGGUCCCAGGCCCGCUCACCUGCGCGGCCAUGAAGAUGAUCCUGGUGCGCAGGUUCCGCGUGCUCAUCCUGAUGGUGUUCCUGGUGGCCUGCGCGCUGCACAUCGUGCUGGACCUGCUGCCCAAACUGGAGCGGCGCGCUACGCGGCCUUCGGGGGAGUCCGGCUGCUCCUGCGCACAGCCCGCUGCCGAGGUGGCAGCUCCAGGCUGGGCCAAGGCGCGGGGCCGCCCCGGGGAGCCCCCGGCCGCUGCUCCAGCCCCGGGUGACGGGGGCUGGCCCAACAAGCACACGCUGCGCAUCUUGCAGGACUUCAGCUCCGACCCCUCCUCCAACCUCACGUCCCACUCGCUGGAGAAACUGCCGCCUGCAGCCGAGCCGGCUGAGCGCGCGGUGCGGGGCCAGGAUCCCGGCGCCCCGCGACCCCGAGACCCUGAGCACCGGCCCCUGCUUGGAGACCCGGGCCCCCGGCGGGCGGCACCGCCUCCUGGCCCUGGCGGGGACGGUUCCCUCUUGGCCAGGCUGUUUGAACACCCACUUUACCAGGUGGCUGUUCCGCCGCUAACGGAGGACGACGUCUUGUUUAAUGUGAACAGCGAAGCCAGGUUUAGCCCUAAGGUGGCAGAGAACCCGGACUGGCCACAUGAAGGUGCCGAAGGUGAAGGGCUCUUGAGCACUGGGGAGGCGGCUGCGGACUCCUAUCCCAACUGGCUCAAAUUCCACAUCGGCAUUAACCGAUAUGAGCUGUACUCCAGACGUAACCCGGCGAUCGAAGCUCUGCUGCACGAUCUCAGCUCGCAGAAGAUCACCAGUGUGGCCAUGAAGUCGGGCGGCACCCAGCUGAAGCUGAUCAUGACGUUCCGGAACCACGGACAAGCGCUGUUCAAGCCCAUGAAGCAAACGAGGGAACAGGAGACACCCCCCGACUUUUUCUACUUCUCUGACUACGAGAGGCACAAUGCGGAGAUCGCCGCCUUCCACCUUGACAGGAUCCUGGACUUCCGCCGGGUCCCUCCCGUGGCCGGCAGGAUGGUCAACAUGACCAGGGAAAUCCGGGACGUCACGCGGGACAAGAAGCUGUGGAGAACCUUCUUCAUCUCUCCAGCCAACAACAUCUGCUUCUACGGGGAGUGUUCCUACUACUGCUCCACCGAGCACGCCCUGUGCGGCAAGCCAGACCAGAUAGAGGGCUCGCUGGCCGCCUUCCUGCCCGACCUGUCCCUGGCCAAGAGGAAGACGUGGCGGAACCCCUGGCGGCGCUCCUACCACAAGCGCAAGAAGGCCGAGUGGGAGGUGGACCCCGACUACUGUGAGGAGGUGAAGCAGACGCCGCCCUACGACAGCCGCCACCGCGUCCUGGACAUCAUGGACAUGACCAUUUUCGACUUCCUCAUGGGAAACAUGGACCGCCACCACUACGAGACUUUUGAGAAGUUUGGGAACGAGACGUUCAUCAUCCACUUGGACAACGGCAGAGGGUUUGGGAAGUAUUCACACGACGAGCUCUCCAUCCUGGUGCCCUUACAGCAGUGCUGCAGGAUCAGGAAGUCCACCUACCUGCGGCUGCAGCUGCUGGCCAGGGAGGAGUACAAGCUGAGCCUGCUGAUGGUGGAGUCCCUGCAGAAGGACCAGGUGGCGCCCGUCCUGUACCAGCCACACCUGGAGGCCCUGGACCGGCGGCUGCGCAUCGUGCUGCAGGCCGUCCGCGACUGCAUCGAGAGGGACGGGCUGCGCGGCGUGGUGGAGGACGACUUGGACGCCGAGCACAGAGCCGCCUCCGCGAGGUAGUGACCCGCCGGCUGCCGCCCCGCCUGCCUGGACGAGAGGAGACGGACGGGGCUCAGGGAACCCCACGCGCCUCGUCGUGAAUUCAGUGAAUUCAGAGACUGGACGGACGGUCCCCACGCUGUGAAUUGCGGCCCUGGACGGCUGGGGUCGUUCCUCGGAGGGUCUGAUGGGUCACGCACGUUGUGCCAGCUUUCGAGACCAGGAGAGGUUGGGAAGGAAGCGCUGUCUGUGCUCGAGGGCGGAGACGGCUGGUGGCGGGGUGCUCCGUCCCUUUUGUCGGGAAAGGACGCCUCAUUCACUAUUCUGUAUUUAUAUACGGUGGAUGUGUAUACAACAGGCGCAUAUGCAGACACAGGUCACCUGCACAACUGACAGAGAACCGUCCUCCCCACGGGCUCCGGGGCCCCUCACGGCAAAUCCACCUGCCAGUGCUCUCCCGGCCCAGACCUAAUUUAAAAUAAAGACUCUUCUCCGUCCCACGUCCUCAGCACUUACAGGGCCGGAGGGGCCCGAGGGACGGCACGGCCUGCGUGUCGAGGGACGAAUCCUCGAAUGUGGGUUUCAGGUGACGAAAGGACCAGUCACUCACUUGUCUGUCUCGGCCAGCGGCCCAGCCUCCGGGCUUGCUCUGGACGGUGGUGUGGACACGGCGCAGGGCCCGCGUGCGCCGCAGCAGUAGGCUUGCCUUCGUAGCAUUUCUUGGAAUAGUUUGCAAUGUGGUAAAUGUGCAAUAAAGGUACGGCAAGUGUG